GUAAAGGACGACGAAAUAAAACGAUUAAAGAGGCAAAUCCAAGAAUUUAAAGAAAAAGCUUAUGAAUCACAAAAAGAUAAUGAUAGAUUAAAAUCGCAAGUACUCUACUUAGAUAAAAAAGUAAGAAAUUCCGUAGAGGAAAUCGAAGAAAUAAAAUCAAACCAAGAUGAAGUAGAACAGCUAAAAGAUAAGAUCGAAGAGUUAAAGAAAGAGAAUACAAAAUUAUUAAGAUCUCAAGGAUUACAACAAAAAUCACAAAAAGAAAUCAGUCUAUUGAAAGAAAAGAUCGAAGAAUUGAAAACCGAGAAUAACGCAUUAAAAUCACAAUCGUAUCUCAUAACAAAUCGCAAUAAAUAUAAAGUAACAGAAUUUAAAAGAGCCAUAGAAACAGCCGUCGAUGAUUUCCUUUCAGGAUUAGAGAAUUCAAGUCGAUUAACUCCACCUAGUACUGAUGAUAAACAGAAAGCUAGAAGAUCUCCUAGUAAGACUCGUUAUGAUUCGAGUUUAGAUUCUAGUCAAGGUUUCAGGCCAUCUGACGUAGAACAAGUAACGGAUGUUCCAACUCAGCAUCGUUUUACUGAAGUUCCAACUAUAGCAAACUGGAACGAGAAUGGACCAGAUUCUAAAAGAUCGCAUAAUAGUAACAAUAAAUAUCGUCGUCAUAAUAAUAAUAAUCAUCAGAAUAACAAUCAUCGCAACAAUAAUCAUAACAAUAAUCAUAACAAUAAUCAUAACAAUAAUCAUAACAAUAAUCAUAACAAUAAUCAUAAUAAUAAGUCGGACGUAUUUACUAUUUACAUCUCAUGGCCUGGUUCUAUGAGACUAGAACAUUUGCGUGAUCUAUUUGAUAGUGAAGAUGUUGAAGAUAUCCGUUUCAUACCUCAAAAGCAAUUUGCUCACAUUGAUUUCAAUUCUGAACAUGCAUUAAAUAGAGCUAUGGCUCUUGACGGAACGACUAAGAAUGAAUCGGGUACAUUACGGGUAACCCAUGUCAGACCUCGUCACAAUUAA